AAUUGGAUCUAUCUAUCAUUUCAGACACUUUUUCACCAUUAAUCGAAGAAGCUUAUCAAAUUGAAAAUUUUUGGAAGUCUUAUGAUAACAUACAACUUAAUAAAAGAACAUGUAAAAAACUAGGCAUAUGCAUCAUUGACGCUGUGUACAAUGUUAAAAAGCUUCCAUGUCUAGAUAGCUAUGAUGAUUUCUUCACAUUGGAUAAUUAUAUGUCUUUUCAUAAAUUUCUUCAAAACCUUAGAGUUAUCAAAAGUUUCAUCGAAGAUAUCUCUCAAAUAAGAAGAUUAAAAUCUUUUAUUCAAGAAAUUGAUUCUGGUGUUUCAUUGGAGAAAUUAAAAGAUGAAUAUGUCAAAUUACUAAAAGAAUUUCAUGAAUCCACAUUAUCUCUUGGAUUUAAUAUUCAAGUAGAUAAUAACAUCGACGAUAUAAACAAAGAUAUUGAAGAAACAAAGAAGAUAAGUGCCGAUAUUCAAAAUAUUGCCAAUCAUAAACUGGUUGAAAAUGAAAUCAUUCAAGAGUCAUACAACAGUGAAAUAGUCAAAUACAUAAAAUUUAGUCCAUCUGAAGUGAAAUCAUUAUCUGUUCAAAUGGCACUUUUAAAAAGUUUAAAAGGUUUAGUCAAUAUAUCCAAAUUUUAUGGAAUAAAACAUGAAAACCAAAUGGAAAUAACCAUCGCUGUUGAAUGGUCACAAUAUGGCGAUUUAAUGGCGUAUUACAAGGAAUACAAACUAAAUACUCCGCUUAAGCUAAAAUUCGCAUUAGAAAUAUGUAAUGGAUUAGUGUUUCUAAAUUCUGUGAAUUUUUUGCAUCGUGCUAUCAAAUCUGAGAAUAUUCUGAUUAUAAAUGAUUGUAAAGCCAAAAUUACAAAUUUUUGUCAUAGUCGAUUAGUUACAGAUGAAUCGAGAAAACUUGAUACUAUGG